UUGGCGCUGAGGCCUCCUUCGUUCCCCCGUCCAUGUCUGGUGUGUAGUGCAGGCUUCUUAGCCUGCCUUCUGGCACGCACAGGUGUCUGUGGCAUUCCUGGCUAAAGAAGGUGGCAGAAGUGACUUCCAGCUGGACUGCUGCUAUGCAGAGGAGGUGUCCUGGAGCUGGAGAGACACAGUGACCCACAGGGAGGUGGACAGAGGAUUCAGGCACUGACAAGAGCCAAACUUGAGAUUCCAUCUGAAAUUGGCUCCAGAGUGACCUGUCACACCCAGGACCCUGACACGGAACCAUGGUACUGCGGGACUGGAGACCUCUGCAGCUGCUGUGCCUCUUAGAAGCCGUCUCUUUACUGCCUUGCACUGAAGCUCUUCUGUGCUACGAGGCGACAGCUUCAGCCUUCAGAGCUGUGUCCUUGAAUAACUGGAAGUGGCUUCUGAUGAGGAGCAUGGUGUGCAACCAGAGAGAGGGCUGCGAGGAGACUGUGGUGUUCAUCGAGACAGGGACCAAUAAGGGCGUCUUGAGCUUCAAAGGUUGCAGCUCUGCCUUUUCUUACCCUCCACAAAUCUCCUACCUCGUGUCUCCACCCGGAGUGUCUAUCGCCUCCUACAGCCGUGUCUGCAGGUCCUAUCUCUGCAACAAUCUAACCAACCUGGAACCUUUUGUGAGACUCAAGGCUAGCCAACCCAUGUCCACACUGCCUUCUGCCAAAAGCUGUCCAACCUGCGUGGGCAAGCACGACCAGGAAUGCCUUCCGAGUUUUGUCACCACUGAGAAUUGCCCCUUUGCUGCUUCCACGUGUUACAGUUCCACCUUACAAUUCCAGGCAGGGAAUCUCAACACCACCUUCCUCAUCAUGGGCUGUACUCGGGAGUCACACAAGCUUCUGGCCGACUUUCAGCACAUCGGGAGCAUCAAGGUGACCGAGGUCAUCAACGUCCUAGACAAGUCCCAUGCUGUCAGUGCGGGGCACUGCAGUCGGGGUCCUCCCUGGAGCCCUCUCUUAUGCCUUCUUAGCGUCUUCAGACCCUCCCCUUGCAUAAUCAAAUAAAACCUCAGGAUUAUC